AUGGGUGAUCAAAACGAUCGUGAUGAACAAAUUGACCAAAAUCCGCCUCUGAAUACUAAUAACCCUAAUCCUUCUCUCAAUUUUGAUGAUGAACUGAUUUUUCCUCCUUAUCACCCUUUUUAUUUGCAUCCUUUUGAUAAUCCCGGCAUUAUGUUAGUUGCUAAGCAGUUCAAUGGUAGUUGCUUUGGUGCUUGGAGAAGGGGAAUUGUAAUUGCACUUUCUGCAAAGAAGAUAAUAGGAUUUAUCAAUGGUAGCUAUACUCGUCCUAAUGUCGAUUUACCACUCUUCGAUCAAUGGGAACAGUGUAAUAAUAUGUCCAGUGGUGCUCGAAUGUAUGAAGUUCAGAAGGAUUUGAGCUCAGUUUCUCAAGGUUCUUAUGAUGAUGAGAAACAGAGGGGAAUUCAGAAUCUCCCUGUGUUCCAAUCUGAUUUAGCAUCUUUUUCUGUUGGAUCUAAUCUCCCUGCUCCUUCAUUCAAUAAUCCAAAAUCCACUCUCAAUACUCAGAACCAGAAACAUAACCUCACUACUCAGAAUCAGAAAUACAACUUCACUACUCUGAAUCAGUAUCAACGAGGAAACUCUGAUGCAAGAAGAGCUCCAGACCUUAGGAAAUCUUUCUGCCGGUAUUGCAAGAAGAACGGGCAUGUAAUAGAAACAUGCUAUAAACUUCAUGGUUAUCCACAGAACUUCAAAUUUGGCAAUAAAAAUGUCAGAGUUGCUGCAAAUGUGUACUCAACCUCUGAGGCCAAAGCUGAUAAUCCCACUGAGACUCCUGCUUCUUCCACCAUAACUGCUGACCAGUACAAAUAG